GCCGGGUUGCUCCCAUGAGCCCUCCUCGGCCCCGCCUAUCGCUUUAUAGUUGAUGGAGCGGCGCGCUGUGCGUUGUGUGUUAUUAUGCGCUUUAGGGCUAAGAUCGUGGAUCUCGCCUGUCUCAACCACUUCAGCCGUGUCAUUAACACGAUCGCAAAGUUAGCUAAGACCUGCACCCUGCGUCUCACUGUGAACAAGCUGUACUUCAUCCUGUCCGACAGAGUCGCUAAUGGAGGAGUCAGCAUGUGGUGUGAGCUGUGCCAGGGGAAUUUCUUUGAUGAAUUUCAGAUGGAGGGAGUGGCUGCAGAUCACAAUGAAAUAUAUUUAGAGCUCAUGCCUGAGAACCUGUCAAGAGCGUUAAAAACUGCCCAGAGUGCCAAGGCAGUGAAGAUGAAGUUAACUAACAAACACUCUCCCUGUCUCAAAGUUGCUGUGGAGCUACCAUCCUUAACAAGCAGCAGUAGGAUUGUGACGCAUGACAUUCCUGUGAGAGUUAUUCCCAGAAGACUAUGGAAUGAUUUCAGAGAGCCCAGUGUGCCAGACUUUGAUGUUAGUAUUUACCUACCAGUGCUGAAAACAAUGAAGAGUGUUGUGGAGAGAAUGAAGAAUCUCAGCAAUUGCAUUGUAAUUGAAGCAAAUUUGAGUGGAGAAAUGAACUUGAAAAUAGAAACUGAUCUAGUAUCUGUAACAACACAUUUUAAAGAUUUGGGAAAUCCUCCCUGGGCAUCGGAGGAUGGAUGUCAAAGCUCUGCUCAAGGCAGAGAUCUGCAAAGCAUGGCUGAAGCACGCAUAGACAUCAAGAAGUUGCAGCAGCUGCUUGUAGGACAGCAGGUCAAUCCCACAAAAGCCUUGUGCAAUAUCGUAAGUAAAAGAAUUGUCCACUUUAUCUUGCUCCACGAGGAUGUUUCACUUCAGUACUUUAUUCCAGCGCUUGCCUGAGUGUUUUGGAAUCAGAGCCAUUUUCCAAGCUGAGGUCUUUUCCACAAAGUGGGAUAGCAACUUACCUUGAUGUUACCUGUUUGGUUUAUAAAUAUGUAUGUGAUUUUCUGUAAGAUAUGGUUGGGUGGGAAGAGAGGGAUCACUGUUCUUCAUUUAAUAAAAUUUAAGAUGUAAUCCAACAAUUCAGGCAAAUAAAUGCUUUAUACUGUUGCUUUGAA